GAACACGUGUGGAGCUGCAUUGGUGCUGGUCCAUGCAUACAAAACUGCAAGGAAUGAGAAGCUCGCUCAUUCAUUGUUAACGCCUCGUUGAUACUCAGUCCACGGGAUUUAAGUCUCAGCAUGAGUUCGAGGUCACAGACUGCCGAGAAGUGCUGGAGUUUGAGAAUCUGACUGGGACUUCAAUAUCAAAUGUUACUUUUUAAGCAAGUUUCAGGUGUGAAGAAGUGAGUCAUUCCAUAUCAAACACCUGCAGUAUAAAUUAGUUAACCUCACUACGUACCGGACGAGACCCCCAUUCAUCUGCAUACAUUCAGCUGGAAUCAUUUGACGCGGAAAAAACACGAUGCUCUCGAUCUCCCGAUCCUGCCUCAGAGGAAUCUACAGCUGUCAUUGGAACAGUCAAAAUAGAAGACCAAACAGGGCUUGCUGCUGGCUCUCCUUUCUGUCUUUUGUGUCCAUACUUGCCCUGAUUUGGAUGUACGUUUGUUUAAUUGCCUUCAACGACCACAAUGAUGUAAACGGGCAUGCCUUCAAAACAUUAAAAAAAUGGGUGAACUGGUACAUGAUAGUGAUGGUCGUUUCUGCCGUGCUGGCCACAUACUGCCUCCUUCUACUGGUAUUUGGAUUGCUACACUUAGCAGUCAGAGAGCCCUUGGAUUUACACUGGCUGCAUAAGGUGUUUCUGUUUUUGGGUCUGCUCACUGUUACUUUAGGCACAGCUGGAUUUUGUAAAGAAUGGAUAGAGGAGUGGCAAGCUGUCUAUAUGUCAUUUCAGCUUAUCUAG